ACGUUGCGCUCUCGGUGCGGCCCCCCCGGACCCUGGGACGCCGGGCGGGGGUUUGCCUGGCGGGUAAACUGGGUCGGGGGGAGGCGGAGGCGACGCCUCAUCCCCCCUCCGCGUAGGCGGCUGCGGGGGGGGCCCCGCCGCCGAGCAGGUAGAGCAUCAGCCGCGCCCCCUCCCCGAGGCGUCAGCCGUCCUUCGCCCAGGCGCGUCACGGGCGGCCGGGGCGGCCCCCGCGCAGCGCCGCCGCCUCCCGCACCGGGCGUAGGAGCUCCGGUCCCAGCGCGGCCGGCGGAGGCGCGGCCGUCCCGGCAGCCGGGGCGGGGCUGGGCGCGGCGGGGAGCGGGGCAGCGGGCGCGCUGCGGCUCCGCGGGCAUCGCUGCUGGCGGGCGGCGGCGUGCCUCUGCGAGAGCAAAGCGCCUCUGCGGGGCUCGGUGAUUUUAAAGAAGACUUUUUUUUUUUUUUUUUUUUUUUUUAAAAAAAACUAGGUAUUUUUUGGCGUUUUUGAAAGCUCUCUCUGGGCUCCUCUGGCAGCCCAGCGAGGUGGGGGCUUGUUCCUCUACUGGGUUUUGUGGAGCAACUUGUUCUUUCAUUGAGGUCUCCCAUCAGAGAAGUCUUUGCGUUUCUAUACAUACAUUUUUUUAAUACCUUGCACAAAACCCCGUUUUGGGCAGCAUCCGUCAACGGGAAAGCUUUGGAGGAAGCAACCAGGAACAGCGACCAGUCCCCUCACGAUGUGGACCUUUCUGGGUAUUGCCUCCUUCAUCUAUGUGUAUAAAAAGUGCGGAGACCUCAUGACUUACGCUAAUAAGGAGGUGCUGCUCUCCGUGUUAGUGUUUUUCUCCCUUGGCUUGCUGCUGUCCUACAGAUACCACUUCAGGGGGCCCAAGCAGCAGCAGCAGCAGAAGACCCACCUGGGGAUGCUUUCUGAUAUUCUCUCAGCUUUACCACUUGUUGGCUUUUUCUGGGCCAAACCCACCCCAGGAUCUCAACAAGUUGAACAACCCAAAUCCAGAAAGGGUAAAAGAGAAGUAAACUUCUCAGAUGUACAUCUGACAGAGACUGUUCCAAAUGCAACAUUAUCGCCCCAAUACGAUCCAGAAAUUAUCAUUGUGGGAUCAGGCGUCCUUGGGUCUUCCUUGGCUACGGUGCUCUCGAGGGAUGGAAGAAAGGUGACUGUGAUAGAAAGGGAUCUGAAAGAACCUGACAGGAUAGUUGGAGAACUGUUGCAACCUGGAGGUUUUAAUGCACUUAAAGACUUGGGUCUUGAAGAUGCAGUAGAAGGUAUUGAUUCACAAAUAGUAAAUGGUUACGUAAUUCAUGACAGAGAGAGCAACUCGGAGGUUGAAAUUCCUUAUCCAACAUCUGAGGAUGGCCGCGUGGCGAGUGGAAGAUCUUUCCAUCAUGGCCAGUUCAUCAUGGGUCUCCGAAGGGCAGCUAUGGCAGAGCCCAAUGCAAAAUUCAUUGAGGGAACUGUGUUACAAUUGCUGGAGGAAGAUGACUGUGUUGUGGGUGUUCAGUACAAGGACAAAGAAACUGGAGACACUAAGGAACUUCAUGCACCACUUACUGUUGUAGCUGAUGGACUUUUCUCCAAGUUCAGAAAAAACUUGGUCUCCAGCAAAGUUACUGUUUCAUCCCAUUUUGUUGGUUGCAUUUUGCAGGAUGCACCACAGUUUAAAGCUAAUUAUGCUGAACUUGUUUUAGCUAAAACUAGUCCAGUUCUAAUCUAUCAGAUUUCUUCAACUGAGACUCGGGUCCUUGUUGAUAUUCGAGGAGAAAUGCCAAAAAACUUAAAAGAAUACAUGAUUGAGAACAUUUAUCCGCAACUACCUGAUCACUUAAAGGAACCAUUCUUAAUAGCAGUUCAGUAUGAUCGUUUAAGGACUAUGCCAGCCAGCUUCUUGCCUCCUUCAGCUGUAAACAAAAAAGGUGUUCUUCUUUUAGGAGAUGCAUAUAAUAUAAGACACCCUUUAACUGGUGGAGGAAUGAGUGUUGUUUUAAAUGAUGUUAAAAUAUGGAGAAGUUUGCUCCAGGAUAUUCCAGACCUUUAUGAAGAUUCUGAUGUUCUUAAGGCAAAAAGAACAUUUUACUGGUCAAGAAAGAAAUCUCAUUCUUUUGUAGUGAAUGUUCUUGCCCAGGCACUUUAUGAACUCUUUGCUGCCACAGAUGAUUCCUUGCAUCAGCUAAAGAAAGCCUGUUUCCAUUACUUCAGACUUGGUGGAGAGUGUGUCUCGGGUCCUGUUGGAUUGCUAUCUGUGUUAUCUCCUAAACCAAUGGUACUGAUUGGCCACUUCUUUGCUGUGGCAUUAUAUGCUGUUUAUUUUUGCUUUAAGUCAGAGUCCUGGAUCACCACACCUCGAGCAUUUUUCAGUAGUGGAGCUAUUCUCUACCGGAGUUGCUCUAUAAUAUUUCCACUUAUUUACUCUGAAAUGAAGUAUUUAGUCUAUUAAAAUCCAGGAGGAAAUGACUGGAGGAAGAAAACAUGAAAAUUACAAUGCCUUCAAAAUCUUUGGACAUGUACUAUUUAAUACUGUAUUAUGUUUUCUGCUCUUCAAAAUGUGAUUUCCUUGAUAAGGAUUUGACUUAAUUUUGGUUUUGUGGUUAUAUACAUAUAUAUUAUAUGUAAAUAUUCUUUUAUUUGCAAUUAAAGUUCAAAAAGGAGUUAGCUGUUUACAAGGACCAUAAUUAAGUGUUGACAUGUGGUAGAUAAUUGGUUUUAUCAGAAUUUCAUUCCUUGCUUUAUCCAUUGCCGAGUGCACCACUAAUAUUAAUAAACUUAAAAGUGAAAACUGUAAACCAUAUGCUGCUAUUAUCCUUCAUGCUUUUUUCUGUUCAAUAGUUUCAUAGAUUUUAUUACUGUGAAAUACUGUAACAUUCUUGAUUUGGGUUAUUUCAUUAGGAUUUGCCUCUGUUCUUUUUCAGUUGCAGCUAAGAUACUAGUCUACUGACACUUAAAAGGACACUGUGAAGGAUUUCAGACCUUGCAGUGUCACCAUGUCUUUAACUUCAGUCACUGUUGCAAGUGCCAUCUUGCUCUUCUGAAAUUAUUUUUUACAGCAGACUUAAUUUAAACAAGUAAUAAUCAAACCAUAGUCAUGCUGGCUACUGCAUUGCACUCAGGUACUGAAAGCACAUGUUUUUGCAAAUUUCUUCCCAUCUCAAUUCCUUUUAAAACCUUAGUGGGUUUGUUUUGUUUUCCUUGGGGGGGGGGUGGGGGGGGUGGGGGUGGUGGGCAACUGAAGUUUAACACUGCCACAGGCUGAAGCACAGCAACAAACUGUAUCCACUGAAACAAAUUCAGUCCAGGCUAUAUCCAGUAGAAAGUAAAGUAAUCUUUAAUAAUACUUCUAAAAAUUCAUGAGAAGUACCACAAAAGUGUCCUUUUAAUACUUGGAGUAUGUUUAUUUGUUUGUUUUCUUGUAGAAAUUACUGCAUGCUAUUACAGAGUUCAUGUCUUUUACUGUUGGUCACUGUUCCUCUCAAUGUUACCUUUAUCAAUAUGCUUUCCUUCGUUAUGGUGUAUUUUCAUUUUUGUUUAUCUUUCUGAUGAUUGCUUUGUGUAUCACUGUAUGGCUCUACUAUUUUGGCUUGCCUAAACAAUCACACAUCAGUGCAGCCAACAGUUUAGAGAGUACUAACAGAUUACAUUUUUCUGUACUGGUGAAAUUUUGACUAUAUCUUGAAAAUAACAGAUUGCCGAAGCUGUAUGUAAACAUAUAUUUUAUGUUGGACUGUGAAAAAAAAUCUGCAGAGAGGCUUUUUAGUAUUUUAUUUGACAGAUAUUUCAAAUGACCUGUUGUUUUCCAGAAGCAAAAGUAUGUAUAUUUUUCUAACCAUUAUCACUUUUGAUACCCUCUUGAAAUUACACACAUCAUGAAUAUGUCUAUGUUUAAACUUUAGGGUAAAGUACUAAUAUUUUCAAAUAUCAUUAUAUAUGGUAACUAAAUGAUGCCCCUUUAAGGGCACACAAAGUUUGCAGAAUUUAUACAACUGUUUUCAAAAUUUGUGGCAAUUUGAAAAAUACUGAUUAAUUUUACAUUUUCUAUUUUUUUAUAUUAUUUGCAGACAGUCUCUUUAAAGUCAAGGAUAAACAGUCCUGAGCCAAAUACGCAUUCUCAGCUAACGUAAAUAAAGAAUUAUGAUACCUGUA